AUGUUGCAGAUAAGUCAACAACCAUCCACUACUGGGUCCACUAUUGAGUCCACUGUUGAGUCCACUGAUAAGUCCACUGAUAAGUCCACUGAUAAGUUGCAAGGAGCGGAGAAACUGCAACAAAAGACGAAUCUCUUGGUGGUUGGUUCAGUUGCUCUCGAUACAGCAGCCACACUUGGUUCCACCCACAAACUACUGGAUUCGAAUAUUGGUACAAUCACAAAUUCUAUUGGUGGGGUAGGCUAUAAUAUUGCAUUGGCGAGUAACUAUACCACGUCGUUGCCAACCACCAAAUUUAUGUCCCGCAUAGGAAGAGACUUUGCGGGCGAUACUAUAUCAAGCCAGUUGAAGGAUAAAAUCGUUACCAAUUUGACUUUUGGCAAAGGCAACACUGCGCAAUAUGUGUGUACGCAUAACGUUGAUGGUGAUUUGAUCAUUGCGUGUGCUGAUAUGAGCAUCAUUGAAGAACCAUCCUUUGCAGAUGAUAUUAUACAGGAAAUAGUGAAUGAUGAACCUAGAGUGGUUGUACUUGAUUGUAACCUUUCUGUUCAAUCUUUAAACAAAAUUAUUCAACAUGUACCUUUUAACAAGUCAAUUUCAGGAAAGCCACAAAUAGUGGUUGAACCCACGUCUCAUGUCAAGGCUAAACGCUUGGCAGAGACUGAUCUCUCUGUAUUUCCACAUAAUGCAAUUAAUUUGAUCACACCAACAGUUGCCGAGUUAAACACCAUUUUCGACACUAUGUCUCAAAACGGUAAGUUUGAAGAUUAUGAUCAUUGGUUCCCCGUAGUAGAUGCCAUGGGUGUCGAUUCCAUAAUGAGAGAAAAGCUUUUAAAUCUUGACAAAAAACAUAAUUUAAAACUAUGGGAAGCUGGUGUAUUCCAACAAAGUUUUCAUAUGCUUCCAUAUUUCCAAAAUAUUUUGGUUAAAUUGGGUGAUAAGGGUGUGCUUUUAUUCAGUCUAGUUACGAAUUUAGAUGACUUAAAGAGUAUACCAACCACAUCAGUUUACAGGCCAAUCACGUCAGUUACAAAUAAUACGAAUAAUAAGGUCGGUGUGUUGGUAGAGUAUUUCCCCAUACCCAAGGAGAAUGAGAAGUUGAAGAUUGUGAAUGUCACGGGUGCAGGAGAUACAUUAGUUGGGUACUUGGCUGCAAAAUUAGCAAAUGCACACAAUAGUCACGAGGAUAAUUGGUUGAAUUGUGAGAUUAGAUCUUGCGAACAAGUGUGGAGCAAGUGGGAAACAAUAUAUAAAGCCCAAUUAGCUAGCGGUUUGACUUUGCAAAACAGCAAAUCUGUUAGCCCAGAGAUUGCCAAUUUGUAA